AUGGCAUCCACACACGACGAUUACACGGUCGCAUGGAUCUGCGCUUUGCCGCUGGAAAUAGCUGCCGCAAAGAUCAUGCUAGAUGAAGUUCACCCUCCGUUAAGUCAGACACACGCCGACCACAAUGUCUACACACUUGGAAGUAUUAGCGGUCAUAAUGUGGUAGUGGCUUGCCUCCCUGCUGGUGUCUACGGGACAAUAUCCGCUUCAACGGUAGUGUCACACUUGGUCUCUACCUACCCGAAUAUCCAAUUUGGAUUGAUGGUCGGCAUUGGCGGGGGUGUUCCAAGCAAGACUGUUGAUAUUCGGCUUGGUGAUGUAGUGAUUAGCAAGCCAACUGCUGCCUCGAACGGCGUUAUUAAAUACGACUAUGGCAAAACAAUUCGCAACAGACAGUUUCAGUAUACUGGGUUGCUUAAUAAACCUCUUCCAGUAUUAUUAAAGGCGGUGUCUCAAGUGGAGAGCGACAGCCUAACAGGAAAGAAAUUAUUUAGCAAUAUCCUGGUUGAUGCACAAAGGAAUGAAGAGACAAGAAAGCAGUUUUCACGACCAAAAUAUGACUGGUUGUUUCAACAGAUAUAUAACCAUAAAGAAGGGGAGCCCAACUGCUUUGCAUGUGAUCGGAAUCAACUUGUGGAGCGCCCUCCAUGA